ACACUUCACUUGUCUUGGCAGAAUUGUCUAAGAAUGACCAAUAAAAUAAUAUUAAUUUAUUUAAUAUUUAUAAGUCUGGAUUUAGAGUUUAUAAAUUCAUUUCCAAUUACCAAAAAUGAAAAAUCGAAUCGUCAAAGAAGACUUAUAUUGGGAGUACCUUGCAGUCAUGUAAAACACACUGGCAGUUGUAUCGAAAAGAAAAUAGACACUUCAAAACUCAAAGAUAUCUUAAAUAUGUCUGAGAGUACUAAUACUUAUGAAUUGCAACCGUUUGUAGCACCGGAGAAAACUGCUCCUGAUGCUAGCGUAUCAUUUUGGAUAGAUGGUCUUUUACGGUUCUGGGGAUAAAGGAAUGAAGGAUACGUAAUUUGUUUUAAAAAUUGAUAUCUGAAUUUACUAAAUAAUACUGAUAAAAAAUUUAAUAAAUUCCAAUUAAAUAAAUCUA